AUGGCGUCCAUGGCCUCAUCUCUGCAGAGGGCGCAAGCCCCUGUUCGUAGAGCACUAUGCAGCACGCCCGCCGCCGCCCGAUCCUUUGCCACGGUCCCUUCUCCUAGCGACUCGGCCAAAGCCGCCAAACCAAGGCGCAAGACCUACUUCAAAGAUACAGACGUCGCAUCAUUCUCCGACUUCAUCGCUACCUCGUCACCAGCCCAGCAGCUCUCCACCUCAGAGGCCUACUCUCUCCGAACCGCCGAAGUCGGGCCAGCCGGCAAGAAGAGAACAAUCACACGACUGCCCGAGUGGCUCAAGACGCCGAUUCCCGCAGGAAACGACAACUUCAAAAAGAUCAAGAGCGAUCUGCGAGGUCUCGGCCUCCACACCGUGUGCGAAGAGGCACGAUGCCCCAACAUCUCCGAGUGCUGGGGUGGUUCAGAUAAGAGCGCCGCCACUGCAACCAUUAUGCUCAUGGGCGACACCUGCACGCGAGGAUGUCGUUUCUGCAGCGUAAAGACGAACAGGGCGCCCGCGCCGCUGGACCCCCACGAGCCGGAACACACUGCCGAGGCCCUUGCGCGAUGGGGCCUGGGCUACGUCGUUUUGACGAGCGUCGACCGAGAUGACCUGGCCGACGGGGGCGCCAGGCACUUUGCCGAGACGAUUCGCAAGAUUAAGCAGAAGAGGUCGUCGCUGCUGGUGGAAGCGCUGACGGGCGACUUCAUGGGCGACCUGGACAUGGUCAAGAUCGUGGCCGAGAGCGGGCUGGACGUGUACGCGCACAAUGUCGAGACCGUCGAGGCCCUGACGCCGUACGUCCGCGACCGCAGGGCCACGUUCCGGCAGAGCUUAAAGGUGCUGAAGCACGUCAAGGACGUGCGUGGCAAGGAGGGCAUCAUCACCAAGACCAGCAUCAUGCUCGGCCUCGGCGAGCAGGAGCACGAGAUGAUGGAUGCUCUGCGGGACGUCGACGUCGUCACCUUUGGCCAGUACAUGCGCCCUACGAAGCGCCACCUCAAGGUCGAAAAGUACAUCACGCCCGACGAGUUUGAAAUGUGGCGCCAGCGAGCCCUGGACAUGGGCUUCCUCUACUGUGCGAGCGGUCCUCUGGUGCGCUCAUCCUACAAGGCCGGCGAGGCGUUUAUCGAGAAUGUCCUACGCAAGAGAGCAGGCGAGAAGGGCAUGGCGUCGCCCGCGGCGGAGGAGAAUAUCGCCAAGGCGGUGGCUAUGGAUGCCGAGACUCGGCGAUGA